AUGGAUGUGAAAGACAAGACGCGUCUUGAAUGCAUCAUAAAUCAUGUAAUUCUCCCACGACGGCUCCCGAACAGGCCAGACAAGGAUCCAUGCGACAACGCGCUCCUCAACUUUCUCAUUUCAUCCGUAUCGGAAUACUCCUCGCUUUGCGACAGUAAUGAAGAAAGCAGGGUCAUCAGCCUGAAAGCAGCGCUCCUGGCACUGAAGCAUAUCCGGAAUGAAGACGGUGCUCUUGCAGGCAACAAACUGCGCACAGCCUUCCAACAAGUCAUAAGUUCAGAAAUACCAUAUCUCCCGCUCUACGUACAAGCCCAAAACGCCGGUAUUCUUGUCAAAUGCGGAAGUGAAAAAGGUGAAAAAGUUACCUUUGAUAUAUGGGGUCUGACGCCAAACAACAACACAGUACUCAGCUCGAGAGGCCGUAUCGUGAGGCAGUUCCCUGAAUGCGCCGCCCGAGUUUUAAAAAAAGUCUCAAAUGAUUGCGACUUCCUUGACUUCUUUUCGCAAACGUUGGAGACAAUGAGCUGGCAAGGCACCGAAAACACAACUGCCACCAAGGAUCGACUUGUGGCCCGAAUGGUAAAUGCGGCCCAAGACGUCCCAUCUCCAACAGCAGUAACCGAAUUGUUAUACAUCCGGUUAGCCAUGGAAGGGACUCCUCUAAAUGGAGGUAAAAUUCUCAAACAUACAAGAGAGGAGGUAAUUUGCGCAUCUGGCAGCGAUGUACCAUGGCGGCGCUCUCCAUUCUGGUUGUUCUUGAGAGUAGUUUCGCAAUUAUCUCUGAAGAAGCCGAGUGACGAGAAACAAAGCUUGUUCAAAAAGCUCAUGGUCUUCUUUAUUGCCCAAAUUUUAGAUAUGGCCUGCCAUUACGAUUGUGCAAGCGACACAAUUUACUGUAUUUUUCAGAAGCUUUGUCGCCGUGUCUUAAAGCUGGAGCUGAGCACGUUCGAACCUUGGAUGAAGACGGUAACGAAGGCUCUAAAUAACGCACAGAAGGCAAUAGACCAGUGUUGGAAGCUGACCCUUGAAAACGACAAGAAGGUCCUUUGCUUUGGUUCUGUAAGUCCGUCUCUCAUCCAUGAAGCCACUCGCUUUAGAAUGCCGGACAUCGACGAAUUCAUUGCUGGUAUCAACGAUCGUUCACACGUCACAAUGGGAAAGGGAUUCCGUCAACUGUCGCACCCGCAACUUUUCUCAUCGGCCAACUCACCACCGAUUUUAUCCUCCGAUGGACCGACAGAAUACAGAAUUUUCCAUGUCUUUGUGUUUGAGGAUUGGUUAGACCACUUCCUGGACCCUUGGCUUGAAGUGCACAAGAUGGAGGAGAGCACCUGUCCUACGCUUAAACAACUAGCAGUUACCUAUUUUCGAAUUGCCGCCAAAAAUUAUGCAAACAACCCCAUGGCAACAUCUGCCAUGAUACUAAGGCUGCUUGUACUUUGGGUCGCAUGCGACAAGGCGGCCGUGGCGAUGAAUCCAUCUCUGCGGUUGUACAAACCACCGAUACCGGAGAGCAUCUGGGAUGUAUUACUGUUGGAAUCUAAGGAUCAACUAAAUCAGCUUCUCAAAUGCGAGAUAUAUUUAAAAGAACGACAAAAAGGGGCUAAGAACCAGGUGUCGGUAUUUGACAGCCUUUGGGGAUACGUCCCUGUCAAUGCUUUCGAUAACGACAUCUCUUUUCACAAGCAGCUCCGGAAACUUCAGAACACAUCCAGGGGAACAGUAGCCAGACAAACUCGAGAGUUAAACAGUCUCAAGGAUAAUUUCAAGGAUCUAAUGGAACAGUAUACCGAAGGCACCUGUGACGAAUAUUGUGAGGAAGGUUCAGUGUCAGAAUUCGACGAGGACGAACCCACUCGCAGCCCCAGCUGUGCUAGAUGCCAGAAGAAAGCAACAGCCCGAAAUCUAACUAUUGAGAUAUACGAAAGUCGACUCCCAGCAGGCGGAUCGGAGCUGAAAACCUUCGUAUUCGAGCUCUCACCACCCAUAUCUUUUGUAGCCUGGAGAGACUUGACCGUGUUCUUUUUGACGGAUGUUCUUGUCAAACCGUGCGGUGGCAACGGAACCCAAAAAAGAAAUGAGACCUGGCUGUCAGAGUAUGCCAAGCAUUACUGCUUGAUUAAUUCUGCUGAGAAAACUUCCCCUAGCGACUCCCGCGUGGUACUCUUGUCAAAAACAUCAAUAUCAAAAGAAAUAAGAAUUAAAGUACACCCAGAUCUGGAAAUUGGCGACGUCUGCGUCGCCCAUCCUCAUGAAUGGGGGUACUAUGAUAGCUUAACGGGGUCAGAGAUUGGGAAUUUUCCUCCCCCGACCAUCGCCCAGCGGUGCACCGUCAAAAUGCCCGCCUUUGCCGCGUCUCUGCAGGAAUUCAUUGACCCUUCAUCAGAGCGAGCAGAUGCUGAGUUGGCAAAUUCUGCGACGUGCGAUCUUCACAAAUGCCCUGAUUACAUGGCACAAGCAGAGUUUAAAUCUCUAGCCCUUUGCUCUUUAGGUAGUCGCGCUCGCUGGACAAACAUCCUACGACAACUUGCCAAUCCUACAAUUGAUCUAAAUCGACAGGAGACGGCACUUGUAUUAUUUGAAAGUAUUCACCAGGCGGGUAGCUUCUCGGGUUCCUUCCUGAGAGACGCUGACGAAUGUUUAAACGAUGCUGCUUUUACCCAGAAACUCGUGACCCUGGUUCAAGAAGAAGUCAAGAGAAUUCAGAACAACUGGGAGAAAUUCACCGCUCUUUGGAUACUUAUUAUGAUAUUGGCAAGGAUAGCUUCAAUCGGGCACAGCAGUGCGCGAAAACGCGCCUUGCAUUGCUUGUCAGAUUGCCGGAAGGUUUCCAGAGACUGGAUGGCUCAAAUGCGCCGCCUCGCCCGUCAACAAAACGACAGCUUGCAAAUUGAAAGUUUCUUUCAAAAGGCAGUCCAUAUCGCUUUGGUUUGUAUCCAGACUUUUAAUAUGGAAAAAGCCCAGCUGCUUGAGCUGCUCAUGAGCGAGGAGACCACCGUUAUUUUUUUGGAGUGCUCAAUUAUGAUUGCCGACCGAGUUGAAAGUGUCCAUGCGGGUAACCAGCAGCAGGCUAUGCUUCUUAUGAGUUGGAAGAGAAUUGUAUACAUGGGAAGGAAAGUUAUAACUGACCAAGUUACCAAGACGAAAUGCCUCGACAAAGCCAUCAGCCGUAGUUGGGAAAAGGACAAACUCAAUGGCAAAGGCGGGUGGGAAAUCGAAGAUGGCUACUGGAUGAAGGCGGCCAGACAGACCAGUGUGUCAGUAGCAGAAGUGGAAGUACAGUUCAACACUUUGACUGCUGAAAUCUUGGUCAACGGCUCGCCAUCGGGCAAGCUCCCAGGAUAUUUCGAACAACAUCCUGACUACGGCACUUUUUUUGGUGCAUCAAGGCUUGAAGUCAAUGAAUGCACCGAGCCGAGAAUGCAAUAUCAACUUAGACACAAAUUCCGGGAACAUGAUGUUUACCUAGGGUUGUUAAAAGUGGAAGACACGUUGGAAUAUGAUGGCGACACCGAGAUAGAGGAUUGGACUGGAACUGACUUCCUAGUCAUUGCUUCUUCGGACACUACUCGAUAUGACUUGGUGCCCGAGAGAUUAUUACAGAGCCAUCUCCCCCGAUUUUUUCAUCUUAACCACGUCCAUUGGCUUGUGAAGAAACUCACGGGUGAGAUAAUAGAGUUCAGCUCUAAAGAAUCGCCCUGGGAACGCCAGUGUUCUAACUGGGAACUUCGCAGGCAAGAUGGCUACUGGCAGCUUUGCGGACGAAACAACGGUGUGCUGGUGAAUCCUCAAAGUGAUAUAGCAAUACACUUUAUUGCAAUCUUCCAGCCGCUAGCAAAUGAGGAUGAUGUUCACGUUACGCACUUUCCGCAGAACAAGCAAUUGGAGAUUCGCCUGCCUAAGCUACAACUGGAGUUUUUUGUGACAGACGACUCUGGGAAGAUUUUUUCGAGGCAGUACCCAGGCAUGGUGAUUGAUACUUGUCAGGACAUUGGCACUUUAAUUGGCUUGCAAAACAAGCUAGUUUUACGUGACAAGGAAGGUGAAGAAAGAAUGGUCCUUGUGCCUGAAGGUGAGCUGAAGGUCAUUACUGGAGACUUGGAGCGUAAACAACACAUCUCAAUCAGCAUUGACGUCGCAGAGAGCGGCAAAGUUUACGCUUAUGAGCUGAACAGGUAUCUUGGGAAACUUCAAGGACAGGACUUCGAGAGCAAUCUGUUUUUAGUCUUGCUCCAUGCAUUUACAUCGAACUGUCUGCCAGAUCCAUUCACAGAAUUCACAGGGACUACGCGCGCUCUGGAGGUACUUCGUUCGGCGGAAGUGCAGUCAUCUCCGGUCCUGUCGACGAGGGCUCACAAAAUGCUCCAACAAAUACACAACCUUGGUGAAAAGUACAAACUUUCGACCUCACAACUGGGGGCAAUGCGGCAAUGCGUGUCCUGGGUCGACGGUCUGGGUUCACUGUCACACCAUCAACUCUUCGCAGACCUUGCCCAACGUCUGCUUUUCCAAUGCGAGAGGUACCGAUUGUUUGAGGUAAAACUAUCACAGAAUCUCCAAAAGCUUUCCAAAGACCGGACUGAGGAGCUUUGCGAAAGAUCCCGGCUUCGCAACGGAAGUUUUUAUCCUGAAGAAUCUGUGCGUGCGACCGCCCCAGUUUCUCAUGAUGUCCACUACGGAGGUCAUUUGGACAAGGUGAAACUUGAGUUUGGGGAUUUAACAGCUGAAGAGGGCGACGGAAAACGAUCUAGUCGUUUCAUGAACGCCUUGGUUGUUUCCGCUGCCAUACAACAGGGCAGGAAGGGACAAGCACUUUCCAUGGUCAACCCUUUCCGCCGUAUAAGGAAACAAAGUUUUGUUUCUACAUUAAUGACAGUUUUUAAACGUCAUUCAGAAAGAAUAUAUGUUUCUGGUCCGCCGAAAUAUGUUGAGGCAGUGUGCUUGGACUAUAACGCCGAGCACCUGCUGAAGGCCACAUCCACGUUUCUUCCGGCCAAGUGGUUCGCUUUAUGCUCUACUCUGGUGAGCAAAAGGAAGCAACUUAAUCGCCACAAAGCUGCAUUUUUUCUAGAGACCAUGGCUUUUUCACCACAUGUUGGCAAAGCGCUAGUUCACAUUCUCGUUGCCUCACUGUACAUGAACCCUAAAGAUCUGCCACCGCAGCCUCAGGCUAAGUCAUUCAAUCUGCAAAGAGGAACAAAGCCCAAGAAGGUCGAUCUGAGAAGUAGGGUCAGUGGCGGCAUUUACACAUUUGAAAACUGUCCAUACUACUGUAACAAGAUUCAGCAAGGUGAAGGAGUGGCGAAACUUAAGGAAGAGUACUGUGAAUUAAGUACAAACUGCCUUGAGACGCUCACAGACGUCUUUUUGGAGCAAUGGGCUGAGAAGCAGCAAAAGAGGAAAGCCCAAUGGCCCAAGGAACAUAAUAAGCUCAAAAGAAUUGUCAAUACGAGUAGAAUGAUUCCCAAUGUUCAGGAAAUAUUUCAAGACGUUUCCAACAAUUUGGCCCUUGAAGACUACUUCAAACAGUGGCAUGAUACUCUUCACAAAAGCUCUCAAAAAGGAGACAUCGACUUCAAGGACGAUUGGGUUGGGCACCCUCCAACGACCAGCAGAAACGCGCAUAACAACAGCAAGCUUGAGUGCAUUUUCGGGGAGGCAAUUCCUCCAAAGAUACUUGACGGGGUUGAUGACUUUAUCCCUUUGAAACUCAAUUUCCCUACCCAACGUAACGUACAGCUUGCCUCACUCUUAAGUACUAUUCGAAAUAAGGCGGCCACUUCGUACCAAACCAACUAUGUGGAAAAGCUCGAGCGAAGCAUGUCCGCGCUGGAGUCAGCAGGACAAUGUCGCAUCGACUCAAUGUCCUUUACAAGAAUUAAACCGCAAUUGCGGCUCUGGCGCAAUAAUACACAAGACAAGGUUGAAGAGAUAUUACGCGGUAUCCGGGAAACCAUUUACUGUCAAAGCUCGGCACCGAGUUGUGAUUUAGAAGACUUCGUUGCUGCUGCAAGAAACUCCCGACUACCACGGAUUGGUAACUGGUAUCUUAUCAAAGAGCUUGCCACAAAUCCCAGACUACCCCGUCCUUGGAAGGAGCGGCUUGUCCAGUUUGCUGAUUGCUUAACGAGACUGCAGACCUACGAUCGACUACUUCGGUCAACCUCAGGUGCUCGUGGAGAUAUUGUGAAAGAAUUAGAAUGUUUAGAACCGAGGGCGUGGAACCCGGUGUCGCAUCCUGAAUGGCUUGUCUUUGAAGUUGAGCACAAUCUCCGCAUUCGCACCAUUCAAAGUCAAUUUGCCGAAGAAAUGAUGCGACCGAAGGAUGAUGAGAACUCCGUCAUGCAGCUCAACAUGGGAGAGGGCAAAUCGUCUGUCAUUAUUCCAAUUAUUGCCACAAAGCUGGCUAGCAGCAAGAAUCUGGUCCGGCUAAUCGUCACCAGGUCACAGUCCACGCAAAUGACUCAGAUCAUGACUACCAGAUUAGGAGGCUUAUUAGGCCGCCGAAUGUAUCACUUGCCAGUUUCUCGAGCAAUAAUAGUGAACGAGAAAACUGUAAAUGGGAUGCUAAACAUUCUUCAGGAGUGCAAGAGGAAGAAAGGCGUUCUCAUUGCACUGCCAGAGCAUGUUUCCGCGCUCACCCUUAUUCUUGCAGACUCCUCCAAGAAUAUUGGAAACUCCACAAAGGAGACCCUCUUUGCUAUCAAGCAGAUAAUAGACGAUGAUUGUCGGGAUAUAAUUGACGAGAGCGAUGAGAUAUUUUCACCCAAAUAUGACUUGGCAUAUCCGCUAGGCAAAGAACAACCAGUGGACUUUGCGAGGGAAAGAUGCUGCAUUAUCCCUCAAGUCCUGUUACUAGCCAUGCAGGUCUCGCCAAGCGUCAGCAAUCUUGUCUCUGGCGGUCUCAUUGUUACGUCCCUAGGUAAGGAAAGAUUUCCUCAAUUGACGCUUGCAUCAAAGCGUGCGUCAGAUUUGCUACAGUAUCGUGUUGCCCAGGAGAUCUGCUGCAAGGGGCUCGAGGGAUUUCCAAUCCACCGGCUGAAGAAACAUGCUACCAAUACAAACCUCAUCUUGGAUUAUAUCACGGAGCAAGAUCCAUCCAAAGAGGCGCGAGAGUUUGUCGACGGCGGUUUACACUGGACACCGCAAAUGAGAAGCUGUGCGCUUUUGCUUCGGGGCUUGCUAACUAUGAACCUGUUAUCUGCUGCCCUAAAAGACAGAUUCCGUGUCAAUUAUGGCCUUGAUAAGACCAGACAACCCAGAACGGAUCUGGCAGUGCCUUAUCGUGCAAAGGACACGCCUAGUACAAGUUCUGAGUACAGCCACCCAGACGUAAUCAUCAUCAAGACAUGUCUCGCGUAUUAUUACAACGGCCUCGAAGACCCGGAUCUCUUUUCGACACUUAGACAUCUACUUCAAUCCGAUCGUGCCGAUAUGGAAUACGCAUUAUGGGUUAAGUCAGCCCCCGAUUUGCCAGAGGCGUGGCACGACGUGAAAGGCAUAUCCUUGGAAGAUGCCGACGCUUGCAAGCGACAACUCUUCCCUCAUUUGAAGUUCUUGAAAAUUGUGGCUGACUACUACCUCUCCCAUAUCGUUUUCCCCAAACAACUGAAGGAAUACAGCCAGAAGGUUUCUCUCUCCAGCUGGGAUAUCGGACGUCCCAAAACACUCCCUACCAUUGGAUUCAGUGGUACACAUGACUUAGAACCAUUGUUACCAUUGCCCGUGAAGCAACAAGAUCACGAAAGCCAGCGUCAUGUGGAUGCUCUGGUGUUGAGCAAGAUGCUGGCAUCACAGAACUCUACUCUUCCCCUCGGAAAACCGAAUGAUGAAGGCGUAUCGGAAGGUUUCCUGAGACAAAUCACAUCUCAGCAGCCCGCCCUGAAAGUGAUUAUUGAUGUGGGAGCCUAUCUAAUUGACCUAACGAACCUGGAGGUAGUGAGAAAAUGGCUUCUUAUUCUACGAGAAAAGCAACAAGCUAUUGAGGCUGCGGUCUAUUGUGAUGACAAUCACGAGCUAAUAGUAUUAGAUUCUCGAGGCAAAAUAGAGAUCUUGCGUCAAUCUCCAUUCGCAAAGAAUAUGAGCCGAUGUGUUGUCUUUCUAGAUGAAGCACAUUCGAGAGGGACAGAUUUAAGAUUGCCUCCGGCAUAUAGAGCUGCGGUUACCAUUGGAAGCAAUCUCACAAAAGACAAACUAGCUCAGGCAUGUAUGCGGAUGAGAAGGCUUGGAGAUGGCCAAUUUAUCACCUACUGUAUUCCACACUCCAUUGAGCAUCGCAUAAGACUUUUUACGAAUCAAGCUGCUGAGUAUGGCUUAUCAGCUGAGGCUGUUAUAAGCUGGACAAUUAGUCAGACGUGGGCAGACAUGCGAGGCUACAUGCCGAUUUGGGGCAAUCAGGGCCGCCAGUAUGCACGUCAGUCAGAUGUUUGGAAAAGGAUACUGGAACAAGAAGAUAUCGGUUUGCGAAGGGCAUAUCUGAACGAGCUGAAGGAGACAGAUGUUCAGACCGUUCAUCAAUACCAACCAAGGCAAGCAAACAACGUUCUGGCAAGCGGCUCUGACAACGAAGUUGUGGCCAAGAUACAGCAGCGCAUUCAGGAGUUUCAAUGGACAGAUUUUCUUUAUCACAAUUACUCGGAAGAACGAGAGCAAGAGGUCGAAGUAGAGCUCGAAACGGAACUUGAAGAAGAGCGCCAACCUUGGCGCACAAAAGGGACAGCACCAGCAAAGCCCAGUAUCCACCUGGAUAUCAAAGCCUUUGUGAUGACUGGCAGACCAAAAGUUCACAGCCUUGGAAUCAUCAGUGCAUUCACUAGCUUGGCUGAUACCACAGCAGCAAGAAAGUUUGGCGAUUUCAAAUUCGAGUCUCAACUGAAAGUCUCAAAGGACUUUGCCACGGUCGUCAAUGCCAGCCUAGGAGCUCCUGGCGAGAAGUCCGACUUCUACAAACGGGACGUACACCACAUUCUUACUACAGCCGAUGACAGUGGCAUUAUCAACAACAUGAUUCUCAUUAGUCCUUACGAGGCUGAAAUGCUCCACGACAAGAUCGCCAAGUCCAAAAAGGUCGCUAUGCACAUAUACGCGGCGCGACAUAAUAGGACCUACGCACCAACCGAUGACUUGAGUCUACAUGUUGUUCCAGGCUCGGCAGCAAAACGCCGAAUUCCACUGCGCUUGAAAAUAGAACUGAAUCUCUUCGCGGGCCAGCUAUACUUUGACUCGUUCCAGGAGUACGUUGAUGUUUGUACCUAUCUCGGGUUGGCCUGGAAUGACUCCUUCACGGACGCGAACUCAGACGGAUUCAUUCCUCCAAAGGCAGAUAGCGCAGAAUCGCCAAACUGUCUUAAUGCGGAAACAAGUCCUAUUCCAUUCCUUCAUUCAUUCAUUACGAAUGUCAGGCACUAUGGCGGGAAUAUUGAGAAGACUCACGUAGGGAAAAUGCUCAGCGGGACGUUCCUCACCGAAGAGGACUUUCCGAACCGUAGCAAGCGAAGGUUUGAGGAAGAUGGUGAUGACAAUCGCGUUGUGAAGCGCGAAAAAUUGGACGAAGAUCAGGUUCAGGGGGAGGGACAAACGCAGAAUCAGGAUCUGGGGGCAGAUGUUGUUGUGAAGCGGGAAUAUGAUGUGGAGAUGGAAGGCUGA